AUGACAGACCCCAAAGAUUUUAAUAUAUUUCAAGCGGUCGGUAUCAUGUAUCAUCGAUGGCUAAUAACACUCCUUCAAAUUACUGUAGCUUCUAAAUUACCAAAGAUGGAAAAAGAAGGAUUUAACGAGGUUUUGAUUGAACCUUUGAAGCAAUUUGCCAAGGAUUCGGUGCAUUUGGUAAAGAAAUGCACAAAACCAGACCGAAAGGAAUUCACGAACAUUGCUAGAGCAACCGGCGUCGGUUUCUUGAUUAUGGGUUUCAUUGGCUUUUUUGUGAAGCUCGUUCACAUCCCGAUCAACAACAUUUUGGUAGGAAACUAA